AUGCCUGAUGCACAAAUUUUCAAGGCUACCUAUAGCGGUAUACCCGUAUAUGAGAUGAUGUGCAAAAGCGUCGCGGUGAUGAGGCGGCGUUCCGAUUCGUGGUUAAACGCGACGCAGAUAUUGAAGGUAGCUGGAUUCGACAAACCACAGCGGACCCGUGUCUUGGAACGCGAAGUCCAAAAGGGUGAGCACGAAAAGGUGCAAGGAGGAUAUGGAAAGUACCAGGGCACAUGGAUUCCUCUCGAACGCGGUCUUGGCCUUGCGAAGCAAUAUAAUUGUGAACAUCUAUUGCGACCCAUCAUUGAAUUUCAGCCUGCUGCUAAGAGCCCGCCUCUGGCUCCGAAACACCUCGUCGCGACCACAGCAAGUCGCCCCACUCGCAGAGCUCCUGUGGCAGACCUCGCUACGGUCGUGGUUAACACGAGGUCAUCUCAUCCCAUUGAGGAUGAAUCUGAUCAUGACACCUUGUCAAUUCGUGGAUCGGAGGAUGGUUCGAUGACUCCUUCACCAUCAGAGGCGUCCUCUAGCUCGCGUACGCCCUCCCCUAUUCGCAGCCCCAGACCUUCACAUGGAUUUAAUGAUGACAGCCCAAGGUUGAACGGUACCUCCGAUGCCAGGUCAUACGGGGACCAGGUCCUGGAGUACUUCAUUUCGGACACAAAUCAAAUUCCACCUGUCCUCAUUUCACCGCCUCAAGACUUCGACCCAAAUAUGGCCAUUGACGAUGAUGGCCACACUUCUUUGCACUGGGCUUGCGCCAUGGGACGUAUCCGGAUUGUGAAACUGCUUCUGACGGCCGGCGCCGACAUUUUCAAGGUUAACAAAGCUGGGCAGACGCCUCUAAUGCGAAGCGUUAUGUUCGCAAACAACUAUGAUUUGAUGCAUCGUUCUACGCUCAACAUCGACAACUACAACCGCACAGUUUUUCAUCACGUCGUUGACGUCGCCAUGUCAAAAGGAAAAACGCAUGCUGCGCGAUAUUACAUGGAAACAAUUCUCACUCGACUCGCAGAUUACCCGAAGGAACUCGCGGAUGUUAUCAACUUUCAAGACGAAGACGGUGAAACAGCUUUAACUAUGGCUGCCCGGUGUCGCAGUAAACGUUUGGUAAAAAUUCUCAUUGAUCAUGGCGCGGAUCCCAAGAUUGUGAAUCACGACGGCAAGAGCACCGAGGACUACAUUCUGGAAGACGAGCGUUUUCGCUCUUCGCCUAUUCCGCCAUCCCUUGCAUUUCCACCUUCCAAUGCCUUAUCCAACUACUCCUUCGCUCCCGCCAACGGCGACAGACCGCCUCUUCACCAUUCCAUCGCUGGUCAGAAGGCCAGCACGCGUUGCGUGAAUGACAUCGCGACCAUGUUGGAUAGUUUAGCCGCCUCCUUUGAUCAGGAGCUCCGAGACAAGGAGCGGGACAUGACGCAAGCACAGGCAUUGCUCAGUAACAUACAAGCAGAGAUUCUAGAGAGUCAGCGAGCAGUGGGGCAUUUAAAAGCACAAGCCGAAGGCUUGUCACAGGCCAAACAACACCUGCAAGAUCUUGAGAACGGCCUAAUUGACAAGAUGGGUCGAAGAUACCGUUUAGGUUGGGAGAAGUGGGUGAAGGGCGAAGAAAUCAGGGAGAAAAUCAUCCGUGACGGGGAAAACGGGGAAUUAAGUAUGACGUCGACUACCGCAAUAUACCAGGUUGAGGAUGAAACGGAGGAUAUAUCGGAUUUGAUCGCUCUUCACGCAGAUAUACCUACGGACCCUGAUCAGCUCCGGCAGUUAUGCCAAAGUUUACGAGAGGACGUUACUCAGCACCGGCAACGGAGAAAAUUCAUGUUUGAGGAAAUGGUUACCUUCCAGGCGGAGGCGGGGACCAGUGGACGAAUGAGUGAGUAUAGGCGACUAAUUGGAGCAGGCUGUGGCGGUGUUCCCCCUUCUGAGGUUGAUCAAGUGCUUGGGAUGUUACUCGAGGUAAACAACAACGUUUGUGUAUUCUAGAUCUAAUAUUCGUUGUCUACAGACUCUUGAAUCGGAGGAGCCAAGUUCUUCAUCGACGGCUUGGGGUGUCUCUAAAUCUCAGCAACCUCUUUGAUGGACGUUUCGUUUUCAGGUCUUUUCAUGCCAGGUUAAUUAUUGCUCUCUUCUCUUUUGUGUUAGGUGUAUUUCUACUGUUUUGCCAAUAUGUAUCCAUGCUGCCUUAGUGGUGACCUCCGACACGAUAUAUUACGGUGUAUGCUC